GAGCGCGGCGGCUGACGGGCGGGCGGUGCGCGGUGCGGGUCCGGGCGCAGCGCCGCCCGGCUCCCUCUCCUCCCUUCCCCUCCCUCCCUGCCCUCCCCGCCGCGGCCAUGGCGGCCAGCGCGAAGCGGAAGCAGGAGGAGAAGCACCUGAAGAUGCUGCGGGACAUGACCGGCCUCGCGCACAACCGCAAGUGCUUCGACUGCGACCAGCGGGGCCCCACCUACGUGAACAUGACCGUGGGCUCCUUCGUGUGUACCUCCUGCUCGGGCAGCCUGCGAGGUUUAAAUCCACCACAUAGGGUGAAAUCCAUCUCCAUGACAACAUUCACACAACAGGAAAUUGAAUUUCUCCAAAAACAUGGAAAUGAGGUGUGUAAACAAAUUUGGCUAGGAUUAUUUGACGAUAGAUCUUCAGCAAUUCCAGACUUUAGGGAUCCACAAAAAGUGAAAGAGUUUCUACAAGAAAAAUAUGAAAAGAAAAGAUGGUAUGUUCCUCCUGAACAAGCGAAAGUCGUGGCAUCUGUCCAUGCAUCUAUAUCUGGGUCUUCAGCUAGUAGUACAAGCAGCACACCUGAGGUUAAACCACUUAAAUCUCUCUUAGGAGAGACAGCACCAGCCCUGCACUUGAAUAAGAGCACACCGAGCCAAUCCCCUGUUGUAGUUCGCUCUCAAGGACAACAGCAGCCAGAGAAGAAGCAGUUUGACCUCCUGAGUGACCUUGGCUCAGACAUCUUUGCUGCUCCAACUCCACAGUCAACUGCUACAGCAAAUUUUGCUAACUUUGCACAUUUCAACAGUCACACAGCUCAGAAUUCUGCAAAUGCAGAUUUUGCAAACUUUGAUGCAUUUGGACAGUCUAGUGGUUCGAGUAAUUUUGGAGGUUUCCCCACAGCAAGUCACUCUCCUUUUCAGCCCCAACCUACAGCAUUUAGAAUGCUUUCAUCCAGCUGCAGUUAUGGGGACUUUACUUCAGCUUUUCCUCUCCAGGCUGUCCACAGUGGAAGUGUGGGAUCAGUAAAUGCUAAUUUUGCCCAUUUUGAUAACUUCCCCAAAUCCUCCAGUGCUGAUUUUGGAGCCUUCAAUUCUUCCCAGAGCCAUCAAACUGCAACAGCCAUCAAUAAAGUUGUAACGAAAAAAGCUAAUCUUCAGACAACUGACAAAUAUGCGGCACUUGCUAAUUUAGACAAUAUCUUCAGCACUGGGCAAGGUGGUGACCAAGGAAGUGGCUUCGGCACAGUAGUCAAAGCUCCAGCGGGUGCUGCUGUUUCAACGCCAAGUCAGUCAAAUAUAUCGUCAGACAAGUAUGCAGCUCUAGCAGAAUUAGACAGUGUUUUCAGCUCAACAGCAACCUCUAGUAAUGCAUAUACUUCUACCAGUAAUGUUAGCAGCAAUGUUUUUGGAACAGUACCAGCAGGUGCUGCUGCACAGACACAACCUGCAUCUUCAAGUGUGCCUGCUCCAUUUGGAGCUACACCUUCCACAAAUCCAUUUGUUGCUGCUCCUGGUCCUUCUGUGGCAUCAUCCACAAACCCAUUCCAGACUAAUGCCAGAGGAGCAACAGCGGCAACAUUUGGAACAGCAUCCAUGAGUAUGCCGACAGGAUUUGGAACGCCUGCCUCCUACAGUCUUCCGACUAGCUUUAGUGGCAGUUUCCAGCAGCCUGCUUUCCCAGCCCAAGCAGCUUUUCCUCAACAAACAGCUUUUUCUCAGCAGCCUAAUGGCUUUGCAGCAUUUGGACAAAGUAAACCGGUGGUGACCCCUUUUGGUCAAGUGGCAGCUGCUGGAGUAUCUAGUAAUCCUUUCAUGGCUGGUGCACCAACGGGACAGUUUCCUACAGGAAGUUCAUCAACCAACCCUUUCUUAUAGCCUUAGAGACACUUUACUGGAACGGACUUUAUUGUGGUCACCUAACAUCUCUCCGCCUCUUGCACUGUUGUCUCGUUUCACUGAUUUAGCUUUAAACACAAGAGAAGUCUUUAAAAAGCCUGCAUUGUGUAUUAAACACCAGGUAAAAUGUGCAAAACAGAGGGCUCUGGCAACAUCUUUUAAUAUGUGAAUUGGCAGAAAAGGUAGCGGUAUCAUGUAUAGUAAAAUUGGCUAAUAAGUUAUUGCAGAUACCACGUUCAUUAUGCUGCAGUACUGUACAUAUUUUUUUUCUUAGAAAUUAGCUAUUUGUGCAUAUCAGUAUUUGUAACUUUAACACAUUGUUAUGUGAGAAAUGUUACUGGAGAAAUAGAUCAGCCACUUUAAGGUGCUGUCAUAUCUCUUGGAAUGAAUGAACUAAAUCAUUUUAUCCAUUGCUACUGGAAGUUAUCAAGUCAGGAUUGGAAGGUUUUGUUCAUUCUUCAGUUUUUUUCUUUCCUAAAGAGCUCUUCUAUUUAUACAUGCCUAAAUGUAGAGGGUUACCUGUCUGCAUAAUAAAGCUGAUCAUGUUUUGCUACAGUUUGCAGGUGAAAAAAAUAAAUAUUAGAAAAUAUG